AUGGAAAAAACACAAAAAGGAACGCGCAUAGGGCCGCUGCCUGGGGGUCCCCGGGGCGCGUCUGGAGCUGGCGCUGGACGCGGCAGCAUGCGGGCCGCCAGCCGAGUGCGAGGAGCUGCACGAUCACCUAGCAGCCCCUCGCAUCCAUCAUCCCCACCAGAAGGCUUGGUGUCAGCUGGGUCUUCUCGGACACAGCAAGCGGCACCCGCCGCUGGUGGAGCACGUCGCAUGCGUUGGACAAAAUCCAUGAACGAAAACGCAUUGCGGGCGUACUAUAGGGCGAAAGGGGAAGAAACUGUGGGAAUAGCGUAUAGGUCUCGGAUGCAUUGCUUUUUUGCUGAGCUGGAGCCGUCUAUCUCCGUCACGGAACAAAACCUGGCAGACCGAGUUCGGUACAUCAUGCGCUCGAAAAUAUUUGAUGAUGCCGAACUCGAACGACUACGACGUGCGGCUAUUCCGUCGUCGAGUGAAUCGGCGAUGGCUGGAGAUGCAGCUCCACAUUCGACAGACCAGCAUCCACAUGUGGAAGCCGCCAUGCAUCUUCCACUUGUGGUUGAUUUAAACGACGAUGAAAUAGUCUCCCACGAACUAGAGCAAAUGAGGAGUAUAUUGGAAGAGGCGAUUUUGGAAACGCGCAGCACCCCUCUUGAAAAUCGACCGCGACUUCCCCGCAUAGCCCUAAGCGAGCGGAAUCGGGCUGUCGUGAGGGCUCUGAACCCAAUACUGGUGACCUAUUUGGAAGCCAGCCCGGACCUUUGCGAGACGGCCUCAAUUCUCUUUGGCGCCGCACUGGCAGUCUGCCGUAUUAUAGGCACCAAACUUUCCACGGCUGGACGCACUACUGGACAAAGUAGUGCUAUCCCAGCCUGGAGAACAAGAAUUGAAGAACGUAUCGCAAAGGCUAGGGCCCUCAUCGGCAGACUGAUAUGCUUCAGGUCAGGCAAUACCAGGCCAAGGAUUGUGCGCACCGUCAGGAUGGCGUUUGGUGGGACAAAUGUUAGUUUGUCCCAGCCGGAUAUAAUGCAAAAACUGACGGAGCGCAUAGACGACCUGAAGCAGAGAAUCGCUGCUUGGGGAAAGCGAAUUCGGCGAUAUACCGAGAGGUCGACACGGUUCAACCAGAAUCGUCUCUUCCAGAGUGAUCAGAAGAGGCUCUAUAAAUCAUUGGAGCGACCAAAGAUAUGUGGAGCGGGCCAAGGACCGGAUCAGGCUGACAUUAUUGCUUUCUGGCGUGGCCUGUGGUCAGAGCCCGUAAACCACAGUGAGGGCCCUUGGAUGGAAGUUGUGGCGAGCCAGGGUGCGAGUGUUACGCCUAUGGACCCCAUCAUCAUAACGCCAGAAGACGUAGCUGAGGCGGUCCGUAGGGCCCUGAACUGGAAAAGUCCGGGGCUCGACGGGCUGCAUCAUUACUGGCUGAAGGGGGUUCAUGGUGUGUCAUGCUGUGCUCGCCCGACAGUUUCAAGAGCCUCUCGACCAGAAGUCACUCCCGAGCCUCUUCACUACUGGGAUCACUCACUUGGUUCCUAA